CGGCGUCGAUCACGAGCGCAGCCAGUGUUUCCGUAUUGUCUUCAUCUACAGGAUCCUGACAGGAGCUCCUCUUCUUUAUCUAACUAGCUGAGGAAACAGUGACAGGAUGAGUAGUGAAAAAUACCCCAGGUCUUCUAUUGAAGACGACUUUAACUAUGGCACCAAUGUGGCUACAGCCAGUGUCCAGAUCCGGAUGGACUUCCUGAGGAAGGUGUACACACUGCUCAGCCUGCAGAUCAUCCUGACAACAGCCACCUCCGCCCUCUUCAUGUUCUCUCAACCCAUCAAGGAGUUUGUCCACGCCAGUCCUGCUGUGGUUCUGGGUUCUGCUCUGGGCUCCCUGGUUCUCCUGCUGGCCCUGGCCGUGUACAGACACCAACACCCAGUCAACCUCUACCUGCUGCUCGUCUUUACCCUGCUGGAAGCUGUUUCUGUGGCCACAGCUUUGACCUUCUAUGAAUACUCCACUGUACUGCAAGCCUUGUUCCUCACCUGUGCCGUGUUUGCUGGACUGACCGUCUACACCUUCCAGUCCAAGAGAGACUUCAGUAAACUGGGAGCAGGACUGUUCGCCUGCCUGUGGAUCCUCCUCAUUGCAAGCUUCAUGAGGUUCUUCUUCAACAGUGACAGCACAGAGCUGGUCAUGGCUGGAGCCGGGGCUCUGGUCUUCUGCGGCUUCAUCAUCUACGACACCCACCUGCUGAUGAAGCAGCUCUCUCCUGAGGAGCACAUCCUGGCCUCCAUCAACCUCUAUCUGGACAUUGUCAACCUCUUCCUGCACAUCUUGCGGGUCCUGGAUUCUAUGAAGAAGCACUGAGUGCUGCAGGGCCCCUUCACACUGCUCUACAGACUGCCUGUGCUGUGAUUAGCCUCUGUUCAUGUGAGUUUCUGUCAUGAAGUUGGGCCAAAAUGGGAUUUUAGAGGAAACCUGUCUGUGUUUGGUGAGCUGUCUUAACCCUUUGAUGCACAACAUAUAAACACCUUCUAAUGCACAACAUGGGUCAAAAAUGACCCACAUUCAUUCCCCAUGUUAUUUCAUGCUGGCUGUGUGUUAAAAUAUCUUUUUUUAUUACAACAGAUCAAUAUAUCCAUAUUUCCUUUCAUAUUUUAUGAAGAAAAAUAGUUUUUGUAUUAUUACAUCAAGUUUACACACAUGGGCCAAAAUGACCUUGUGCAUUAGAAGCAUAGUGAUACACAUAGUGAUACACUAUUGAGUGAUACACAAUUUGAGUAUAAUGUGUAACUGUGUUUGUCUUAUUUUUAAGGUUUAACUUUAAAAGAGUUGUUACAACCACCAGAUUAUAUUGGAAAAUCACAUGUUUUAACAUUUGGGACUUAUUAGAGCCACCAAAUUAUAAUUUCCAUUGGAAAAACACCAAUUUAACACAAAAGGAUAGUUAAUAUUUGUGUCUUCUUUGUCAGGUUUUAAAUUGGUGACAACAUAUAAACACCUUCUAAUGCACAACAUGGGUCAAAAAUGACCUUAUGCAUUAGAAGCGUAGUGAUAAAAAAGGGGUUUUUAUUCAAAAAGUAAGAAAUGAAAACAAAAAAUGAGGAUAUAUGAUGAUCAAAAACAAGUUAUUUGAGGAAAACCUGCAAUAGUGAAUGAUGAAAAUAAUUUAUUGCAAAGAUAUAGAAUAUAAAAACUUGUGCAUCAAAGGGUUAACAGGUGUCUGCACUACAUGCUUCUGUUCAUCUCACCAAACUACUUUUUGUUUCUAAUUGUUGUUCUGUAUGCAGUAGAUAUACAUCAGUGAAGUUUUGUUUCAUCUGAAACCAAAAUUUACUCAUCAUAUCAUGAGACCGUUCUGUGACUUAAAGGUACACCAACUGAAUUGACAUAAAGCCCACUAGCUCCGCCCACUGGCCUAUAAGCAGCUCACUGGCUCUUUUCAACCAAGGCACUUCCAGGGUCGGAGCUGAUGCCUAAUCUGGAACCAGUUCUACACGUUUCGACAGCCAAAAAAAACGGCUCUCAGCCAAGAAAACUGGUUCCAGUGUGGCACCAAAUCUUUGCUGGUCUUGAACCACGAAACGCUUACAUUAGAGGCUGGGGGCGGGAUUAUCGUGACCAACAAGACCAACUAAAACACGCGUCAUUCAUUUUAUUUUAUUUAUUUAACUGCAAUGCAAUUGAUAUCAACAAAGCAGAUAUAUUUUCAGACUUAUACAGUGAUGUUAUGACGUGAACGAAAAGGCCUGUAUAACCUGAUAAUGUAAUAAAUUCCCGAUAAUGUAAUAACCCCGAUAAUGUAAUAAAAAUCUGCACUUAAGUCCAUUGAAAAUGUAAUAAAACCUGAUAAUGUAAUAACUUCCCGAUAAUGUAAUAAAGUGCAUUUCCCAAUACUGUAAUACUCUUUUUUUUUUUUAACCAAUAAUGUAAUAAAGUAUAACAUUAAUGGGAGGUUAUUAGGUUAUUACAUUAUCAGGUUAGCCUUCAUUACGCAAGUCCUGAUAAUGUAAUAAUUCCCCAAUAUUGUAAUAAUUUAACAGCAGACCACCCAUUACUUGGGUUCAAGUGGUGAUACUGUGUAGGCAACUCUAGCUCAAGAGCUGUAGCGCCACCAACAGGUCAAAGUUGAAUCUUUAUUUACUUUUGACCCGUUCAUUCGUUUUUCACAAACGAGGUAUGGGUGGUCUGCUGUUAAAUUAUUAUAAUGAUAAUGAUAUGAUAUAUAUAUAUAUAUAUAUAUAUAUAUAUAUAUAUAUAAUGCCAUGGACCUGGUGUGGACAAUUUUAGUGUUGUAAAACCAAAACCCAGUUGAGAUUGAAGCGUUAACAGUGAGCUGUGGGACCCUUGAAGAACUAGUAGAUGCUUUAACACAUUUUAGAAAGUGCAUUUUUAAAGUCUAUUUUUCCAACACUAUCUCUCAGUGGGGUUUCAUUCCAUUCCAUUGAUAUAUUCUCAAAUUGACUUAAUUGUUGAAUGUUUUCAGUGUUGUUAAUAAUAAGUAGUUUAUAUUCCAGUACCAUUGCACCAUUGUCACAUUCCCCAUCUGCUAAUGGUGUACAACAGAAAGUGCAUGCCUGGUUUAUUAAUAUCUGUGAUUGUACAUAGUGAAAUGGUGUAAAUGUAAAAGUGUACAGUUUAGUACUGAAGUUAAAGAGGAGUGGAAUCUGAAGGCUUUAGAGAAAUAUGAUUCUUUUCCUUUGAGUAAUCUAAAGCAUGGGUAUGGGGAAAUGAUAUGAAGGCAUUUGAUUCAACUGUUCUUAAUGAAUGAUUUAAUAAAAAGACCAUGUGCAAUGUUUUUCUUCUUUCUUUUUUUUUUUAGCUACACUUGUGCUCGUCUUAAAUUAGAUGUGCAUGACUGUUGCUUUUGUACUGGACAGACAGCAGAUUUAUGUCAUUGUGUUUGUUUAGUUGAUUGUGUUUUUAUGAUUAAUGGCUGGCCUUUAAAACUGCUGUAAACUCUGUUGUUAAAGAUUCUUUAUGGAGCUCUCACAGUCGUGAAAAUAAAGACUGCUGUAUUUUCCAAAUGGAAACAGUA